AUGUCAUCUGAACUUGUCACUUCGGUAUUAGCCGAUGAAAGUCGCUUUGGUGGACCUUGCUUAUCUUCUGUUAACAGAAACUGGAUCGAUCAAUCUCCCUCGUUUAAGACCGAUUUCAAGGAUAGUGCUGAAAAUGUUUAUAAAGCUCAAGCUAGUGAAGUUGAUUUCCAAGACAAGCCCGAUGAGGUCAGAGUUGAAGUGAAUAGUUGGGCUGAAAAUAAAACAAAUGGCCACAUCAAAGAUCUCAUUCCACCAGAUUCCAAACUUCUGAAAGAUUUGGGCCUGGUUUUGCCGUUAUCUAAAGGCGGAUUCACUAACAUGGUAGACUCUGGUGGUGAGGAUCUUGAGGUUAUAGCUGUCUUCUACAAAUCCUUCAUCGAGGUUAAUGAAGAAGCCACAGAAGCUGUGGCUGCAACUGCCGCUAUUUUAGGUUCAUAUUGGUCUACUGUUGAAAUUUUCAUUCGGGUGGAAGAGGCGGAGCAGGAAAGAGGCAUUUUUCAGAUUGAAGGUUGGAUGGUUGGACUGAACGGGAGCAGGACAGAGGCAACCCAUUUAGUCUGCACACAUGAGUACGGCAGAAGGGGGCAAGCGCCCAUAAGAGACGACGAGUCAAUGUCAUGGAUUUACCGAGGUGCCCAUUUGUGUCCAACAUUGUACGUAGAGGUUGCAGAUGAACCUGUUCAAGAUGUUGGGGAAGGAACUAGUGGUGGUCAGUAUGAUGGUGCAGGGAGUAGUGGUGUUGGUGGUACAAAUGAAGAUGACGAUGCCACAGAAGAUGACGUACAUGGGAACAGUGACGAGGAGUAUGUGCCGUCCGAUGAGUCUGAUGAUGAUUACAGUGACCAUGACGCAUCUUUAGUAGUACCUUCUAUUUUUGACGACAUCAAUGAUAUGGAGAAGUCUGAACUGCAUGAGGAUUCUGAUGGGAUCACAAUGUGGGACGGUAAUUGGCACACGAUUAGAUAUGGUGUACAUUUUGCUAACAAGAAAGAGGUACAAACAGCUGUGGGGGAAUGGACAUUGCGACAGGGUCGGGCAUGUCAGGUAAAAUAUAGCCGUCCCUAUACGUGGGCCGCUGAAUGCGAGACUAAAGGGCUGAAGUACCCAGAAGAACUUCUCCACGGCACUACUUGCUUGUGGAAAUGUCGAGCGACCCUGCAAAAGGACACAAAUACUUGGAGAAUGGUGGUAUGGAUCGAGAGCCACAACUGUCUUGGUGCAACCACAAGAAACGAAGGUCGUAACUUGACGUCCACAAUGAUUGCUCGAUUGAUCACAGCCAAUGUCCGAAAAGAUCCAGGUUAUUCAGUCGCGCAGAUCCAAGUCGAAGUAAAUAAGACAUACAGGGUCACCCCCAAUUACAAAAAGGAAUGGCAUGGUCGAAGAAAAGCACUUGAGAGUCUGUAUGGCACAUGGGAAAACAACUUUCAACAACUGCCCAGUUUUCAGGAAGCAUUGCUCAAAGCGAACCCAGAUACCCGUAUGCAGUUUAAGUUCACUAAAGAUACCAAGAAUCGGAAGAAGAAGACUAACAAGUUGUUUCAGGAAAACAUAGAUGAAAUUGACAAAUGCCAUUCACCCCUCGCGACGAAUCCCAUGAAACGGUAUGACGAUUACCUUAUACAUCAGAUGGGUCACGAGGUUACCAGAUUCAGCAAGAGGAAUCAGAAGUACCAAGUGGUCACGUACUCACCACCUGAUCGGCCAUGGAAGGAUGGAAAUAUCCAUGAGUUUGUUUGGAUGCCGUAUUCUCCUGCUACCCUAGCAGACAUUGAUCCAUCUUGCUCUGUCGGCUCCGCCUUAUGGAUGUCCCAGACUUGGCUGCUUUAUUUUGGUAUCCGAGAGCCACACAUCCCAGGCAGGGUGUUGCGCCAGUUCGGCUUCUUGCAGUGGGUGCCUGACAACACUUUCAUCAUGGAGAAAAAAGAAAUAGAAAAGUUGCAUAAGGAGACGCGUGGCAAGAAAUGUCGAGAUGACGUCUUACAGAGGUGGGAGACUCGACACAACACCCUUGCAGGUCUUCAGACGGAUAUGACUCUUGAACCCCAGGCAGAACCGGAAUAUCUAGUGUGGUAUCAAAAUCGCUUUUCUGUCACUUUGGUCACCAAUCCAUCAGACUAUCGUCAGCCCCAGGGUUUUCAGGGAUCUGCUGAGUCACUACAUAUAAUGGCCAAUUUAGUGCAAAACAUGCGGCAUAUUACUCUAGAUGGGCUACAACGUAAUCCAGCUGAUUCUUGGAAUCACAAUGCCUUCCUAUAG